AUGCCUCAUUUUUGGUGGUCGUAUCAUUUCGUUAAAGGAAAUGGAGGCUUUGGAUGCGAAAGAACGCGAAACUCCGGAGUCACCACUGGUUUCAAUACCUGGUCCAAAUUCGCCGUGAAAAAGGUAGACCAUGAUACCAGAUUCAAAUGGUAUCAUACCAAUAUCUUCACACGAUGGCUGCCCUCAACUAAUCAAACUGUGGUCCUCGCCUUCGAUCUCGACCCGCCUGUCAAAGAACGGUUCCUGAGAGGAGUGAUGAAAUCGGAUGAAAGAUGGCUCGACGAUCCAUUCUGGGUCUAUCCAUGUCUAGUCGAGCAGAUUGCGCUCCUUGAGGAGCCUUCUGUAUGGGCUAUCCGAGAUCAUGUCCGAUCGAUGGAGACAGAAGGAAAACCAGAAGGGAGACCACAGCCCGACUACAGACGACUCCACGACAUCGCCCGACAUGCAAUUCAUGUGAAUGAGACACUCGACGUUGCCUUGCAAAAUAUCGAGCACAUCUUGAUGCAGCACGAGAGCUAUACAAAUUCGAACCCAGAUAAUGCUUCUCCUGCUUCCGAAGACAUCGAUCUUCGUCUGCGAUCCUGGCAGUCUUUCAUUACCAACUUACGGUCUCGGUCCACUUCAAAUGAAAAGAGACUGCAAAAUGAAGUCCAGCUGGCCUUUAAUACUGUGGCUCAGCAUGAUGCCAGCGUUACCCUUGAAAUUGGCCGGGCAACCCAAUUGGACAGUGCCACGAUGAAAACGAUCGCCUUUGUUACACUUACGUUCCUCCCUCCUACUUUCAUCUGCGCUAUCUUCAGCAUGUCAUUUUUUGAUUUCGGCGGGGACUCCGGCUGGACUAUGUCGAACAAGUUCUGGGUUUACUGGGUCUUCGCUAUACCAACCACGGUUUUUACAACUCUAGUGUGGACUUAUUGGCCGAAUAUCCGUCGCAUGUUGUUUGUUAAAAAUGAAUGA